AUGGGUCUGCAUUUCCCCACACUGUCCCCAUGUGCCUGCCUCCAGAGCGCUGCGCUGAUCGGAGUCAAAGGCAGAGUGGAGGUAAUCUGCAGGCUGACUCUGGACAGUCUGGGCACGUUUGGGCUGCAUGAUGCACUGAGAUCAAGUGUUUGUGAACAGAUCCCCCACCCCUCCUCCUGUCUUCCUCCUCUGCCUCCCUCGUUCUUUUUGCCCUCCUCUCCUCCUCCUCCUCCUCCUCCCCCCUCCUCUCUCUCUCCGUUCGUGUGCCAGCCAGCCAGCCAGCCGUCCAGAAGACACAGGAGCUGCCGCUGCCGUACCCCAUCACCGCUGCCUCCGCUCUGCUGCUACCGCUACCACUGCCUCCUCCACCUGCUUCUCCUCUCCUCCUCCUCCUCCUCCUCCUCCUCCUCUCUUCCUCCUCUCUUCUCCACCUCUAUCCCUCUGUCUUUCCUCCCUUCACACACACGCACACACACAUACACUCUCGCUGGAAGCUGUUUCACACAGGCAGACGGAGCGACAGAGAGAGAACGAGAGAGAGAGAUAGCCCAAAAAAGAAAGAACGAAAGCAGAACCAUUCCUUUUGUCCUCCGCGUGCAUCGCUCGUCGGGACUAUUGUGUGGACUAUUUGCGUGUCGGACUAUCAUCUUUUCUGUGAGAGGACAUCGACCACUGAGACUUGCAUCACGGAAAAGCGCUCGGAGCAGCUGUGCGCGCGUAAAGUGUCAAGGUGUGUGUGAGUUAACUGUCACCACCCAGUCGCCUCUCUCGUCCUGCCAUCGCGGACCUCUUAAAACACACCUGCUCGCACGAGUGACUGCCCGGUGCCUGGAGCCCGCACCAAGCGACUCAGACAGGAGUACACCAGCGGCUUUCUGUGCGAUCGGCGAGGUUGAAAGCGGAUCGCUUAUCCUCACCCUUCUCACGGGCGCACGCACACACACACACACACACUCUCACUCACGCAAUCUCCCGACGGCCAAACGGAUUCCAUCUACAUGGGCAAGCGAUUGGAGCAGCAACCAAUGUACCCUCAGUACACCUAUUACUACCCCCACUAUCUCCAGACCAAGGCGCUGGCCCGUGGUCUAUGCCUGGGAGAGGGAGAGGCUGGUGUCCAACAGUGGACUCAACAACAGAGGCUGCCAGUGGUCCCACUGGGAAGCCGAUGCCAGUGUGGGCUCCAUCAGCCCGCUGGUGGUUGGGUGGAGUGGGCAGCCCAGCGAGAGCACCGCGGGAGCCCCGCUCUUUCGCCAGCCCCAGCCGCACUCGAGCCCGCGUUCACGCCUGCCCGCCCGGCCUGUCAGACAGGGGGUGAGUGAUUGA